AUGAAUUCAGCUUUUGGCUCAGAGGAUCUUUUUGAAAACGGCUGGUCAGAGGAACCCCCACGCAGUGAACAUGGGUUUGGUACCACGUUGGGCACCUCUUCUUACUUGACCUCGUCACAAUUGCUCCAUAACGCUGACGCCUCUAAGGAGGUGGAUUUGACGGGGAAGGUGCCCGAGUCGUAUAAAUUAAUCUGGAAACACGUACAGCCGAAGUUGAAGUCGAUUACUGAUUUGGAGCUGGAGAUCUUUCUUCCUUUGGUGAACAACCAGCAUCUUUCCGAUUACCAGUCUUCAAGGAUCAUUGAUGUCUUAUAUGAACAUAACAUCUUGCCGCCGACAAGGGAGUCCAAUUUCUAUCAGACAUUGGGGCUUGUGGCAUUGGAAUUGGACCUUGCUGGAACGGGCGACUACGUGACCCUCCAGUUCAGGCUCAACUCGAGUCUUCCUGACUUCCCCAGACAAGUGACCGAUCUACUUCUUGGCAACGGUCCUCAUUCGUCUUCAGGCAAGCAGACGGCUGUGCUGCAUCCUACGGAAACUGACCCAUUGACUGCGCAUUUGGCAUCGUCUUCGAUUGCUGAUGCUGAUGACUGGCAUAACACCAACGGCGAUAACAUGCUUGCUGACCAUUCCAAUAUUCUGAUUGAUCCGGAUACUCAGCCUCAAGCGAGCCACGCCAACGACUUCUCUUACAUAACGAAGUACGUUACAGAUUUGCGACAGAAAUUCAAACCAUUGGUUGGCUCGGCCGAUACUGUCAGCAUCAAGGAAGUGCCAGAAAAGGAGGGCCUUUUAUUCAAGCAUAUCAACUACUGCAUCACCCAUAAUCUCAAGCUUGGCAUGCACGGACCUGCUGGACAGAAGAAAGUGAUUAGAAGGUACUCUGAUUUUGCCUGGCUUCUCGAAUUUCUUCUUAAGAAGUACCCCUUCCGAGUUAUUCCCGGUCUUCCUCCCAAGAAAUUUACCGUAGGCGCCUCACCUGAUUCCCAAUUCCUACAAAGAAGACGUCGAGGCUUGCAUCGCUUCUUGAACCAGCUUGUGAAGCAUCCUGUGUUGGUUCAGGAGCCAAUUGUAGUCACGUUCCUUAGUGUCCCCACUGACUUGGCUUCAUGGAGAAAACAAGCACGCGUGGACUACUCACUCGAAUUCAAGGGCCAAAAAAUAGAAACAGAUUUCGUCAACCUGAUUUGGCCCUCAAUCAGCGAAGAUUUUCUCAAUAGCUGGAAGACUGCUGAAGCAAAUAUCCCUAAACUAAUUGAGAUUUGGACAAAACUAGUUCUUCUUGUGGAGAGAUAUGAAAAGAGACAACAACAAAUUGCUUUUGAUAACAGUAAGUUCGUCGAGAUGAUCAAUAAAUUCACAGAACUUGACGAUGACAUUUAUCCUCACAAGGAUCCAGACAACAAGGUUAUUAACACCCUCAAUCAUGACGAUAGUUUGGCUAUCAAUGAAUCUUUGGGAACAAUCUCUGCAUUUUUCAAUAAGUCUUCCACUUUGCUUAUUGAUGAGAGCUACGUCAUUAAUACCACGGUGUUGGAGAAGUUUAAAAACUUCUUAGAUUAUUUGUAUUCAUUGCAAGAACUAUUUGACAGAGCGAAGAGACUUUCGAUAAAUUCUAUCCCGCAAUUGCAAAGAAAGAUCGAAGAGAACCAGGCAAAGUUUGAAAGACUCAAUGAGAGUGGUACUGAUAUGAAGGGCAGCGACAUAGCGAAGCUCAAACAGACGAUCAUUAAUGACAAACAAGAAAUGUUUCAACAGCUCAACAAGGAUUGGCUCAUAAAAAGCUGCUGUUUCCAUGAGUUUGCCAUGUUCCAGGAGACUAAAUUUCUUGUAUCUGAGGCAUGGGCAGAUUGGUGUAGGGGGCGUUCAAAGUUCCUGGAAAAGUUCGCCAAUUUGUAUGAGGGUUUGUGCAACGAAGUUGUUCCAGACAUGCCUCUUGGAAACUGA